AUCCGAUCCCCGACUUCAAUGGCGACGAGAUCAGCCCGCACAGCUGAUAGGGCUCAGAAUGAAAGGAACUUGAGCACGUUGAAGGUACUCCUAAAGGAGCCUGGUAACAAGUUCUGCGCGGAUUGUAAAACUGCCGACCACCCUCGAUGGGCCAGUUGGUCAUUAGGAGUGUUCAUCUGUAUCAGAUGCUCGGGCAUACACAGAAGCAUGGGUACUCAUGUUUCAAGGGUAAAGUCAGUCGACCUAGAUGCUUGGACGAACGAGCAGUUGGACAACAUGGUCAGAUGGGGUAAUGUACGAGCAAACAAGUACUGGGAGCAUGGCCUUUCUCCCGGGCAUGUGCCAUCAGACAGUAAGAUCGACAACUUUAUCCGGACAAAGUACGAUAUGAAGCGUUGGGUAAUGCCAGGGCCCAUGCCGGACCCAGAUACCUUGGACGACGGUGAUGAGGAAGAGGACGUGCUUACGAGCGCCAUCAAGCAGAAGGUUGAGACUGCGCGAGCACCGGCUUCCUCGAAUGUUCAUCGUCGCGCCCCUUCACUGCACAAACCAACGCCGCCAAAGCCGGCACUUGCGACGUUCGAUCUCCUUGGCGGGGAUGAUUUUCCACCAGCUGCCCCUUCUGCACCAUCUGCACCAGUUACUCGGGCAAAGCCUCCGGUUCUCAACGAACCGGCAACAAAAGCGUCCGCUGCCCCUCCAAAACCGGCAGACUCCCUUCUUGGCCUCGAUUUCUUCUCUUCAUCAUCAAGCUCGGGUCCAUCGACGACAGGCCCGGCUGCAGGUUCCAUUGCUUCGAAGACUGCAACCGGUGGCAGAGCGGAUUUGAAGACCAGCAUUCUAAGUUUGUAUGCUAGUGUGCCCCAGAAAUCUCCUCGACCUCAGCAGCAGCAGACGUAUGCAACAGGAGGGUACCAAUCGGGAUACACGUCUCCACCUGUUGCCACUACACCUUCUGCAGCCUCAGGAGCUAUGGGUGAUUUAGCAUCCGCAUUUGGCGGCUUUGGUUUCUCAUCGACACCCGCUCAACCUCAGCCGCAGCCAACAGGCGCCUCAUCCACCUUGUCUUCAUUGAAUACCCCAAACCUUUGGGCAUCAUCGACCGCUCAGUCGCAGCCGCCGCGGAACACAACGGGUCAAGCCAGUAACAGCAAACAGGAGGAUGCAUUUGGCGGGUUGGCCAGUUUUGGCAACUUCACUUCUUCAUCCUUCUCGAGGCCGAAGGUCACCCAAGCGCAGUCAUUCGGGGGCAGUGCUGCAACUAGCGAUUUAUGGGGAAGUACUACGACUUCUGCCUCCGCGGGAAUCAGUUCAGGGAACAACUGGUCAACAUCUGCGCUGCCAGCACAAACUCAGGCGAAGACGGGAGAUCACGAUGACUUUGGAGAUUUCGAAGGUGCAAGUGCGGCGACGGGAGCCACAGCCGCAAAGACGUCGGGAGGCAACGCAUUUGGUAGCUUUGGCAGUUUUGAAGACAACCCUUGGAGUUAG